AUGCGCUUCUUCAUUGAUGAAAUCGAGUUGGUUUUGAGACACGGCGAACAAUGGCGCACAUUUCGUUCGAAGGUGCAAAGACCGAUUCUUCAGCCGCAGACGGUGAAGAAGUAUGUAGCACCUAUCGAAAUGGUGACAGAAGAUUUCAUCAGAUACAUGGAGAAUGCACGAGAUGAGCUUGGAGACUUGCCGAAAGACUUUGACAAUGAUAUCCAUAAAUGGUCUCUUGAAUGUAUUGGCCGAGUCGCCCUAGAUGUUCGACUAGGCUGUCUAUCAAAUGACCUAACGAACAACUCAGAGCCGCAAAGAAUAAUCGAUGCAGCAAAAUUUGCACUCAGGAACGUCGCAGUAUUGGAAUUAAAAGCUCCAUACUGGAGAUACAUACCAACACCACUUUGGACGAAAUACGUCAAUAAUAUGAACUUUUUUGUUGAACUCUGCACGCGUUACAUCAAUGAAGCGUUAGAACGCCUGAAAACCAAGAAGGUGACGUCAGAGAACGAUCUAUCUCUCUUGGAGCGCGUGCUGAAGAGUGAAGGAGACCCAAAAAUAGCUACCAUCAUGGCGCUUGAUCUUAUACUCGUUGGCAUCGAUACGAUAUCAAUGGCAGUAUGUUCGAUACUGUACCAGGCAGCGACAAGAGUGAAGCAACAAGAGAAAAUGGCGGAAGAAAUACGUAACGUACUCCCUGAUCCUAGCAAGCCAUUGACGUACGCUGACUUGGACAAACUUCACUACACUAAGGCGUUUGUUCGAGAAGUUUUCAGAAUGUAUUCAACUGUUAUUGGAAACGGCAGGACCUUACAGGAAGAUGACGUCAUUUGCGGAUAUCACAUACCAAAAGGCGUACAAGUCGUAUUCCCAACGAUAGUGACGGGAAAUAUGGAGCAAUUUGUAUCAAAUCCAAAGGAAUUUAAACCAGAGCGUUGGUUAGAAGGGAAUGGGAGGUUGCAUUCCUUCGCUUCUCUUCCGUAUGGUUUCGGAGCACGAAUUUGUUUGGGAAGACGAUUCGCUGAUCUCGAAAUACAGGUUCUAUUGGCUAAGCUAUUACGCCGCUAUAGACUAGAAUACCAUCACGACCCACUGGAAUACGCUGUGACAUUUAUGUAUGCACCCGACGGACCUCUACGUUUGCGUAUGAUUGAACGAUAA